AUGAACACGAACAUCAUCGUCAGACGAAAUUUACGUGGGUUAUUGGUACACAAAAGAUUGUAAAGGCUUUUUUAACUUAUAUGUGAAUGAACAUUAUUUCACUUUGUUUUGAAUAGUUACUUAGCUGCUAUUUAGUUUUUAUCAUAGCAAGCUAGUGGACGCUUUGUAUUGAUUAUUUAGUUUUUUGCCCAAGUGAAUUUAAAUUUAGCGUGUACCGGCUUUAUCUAGACUAGGUUUACGCUGUUCGUCCUAGGUCCUAGGUCUCUAUAGAAUAUCAAAACAUGAUUACGAGUCUACUAUUAGGUGUUGUGUUGCUGUUACCCGAUACCUAUGCUUUGUACGACUCAAAAUCUGAAGUGGUGGAUUUGACUGAAUCGAACUUUGAUAAACUUGUCACCCAAAGUGAUCAUGUUUGGGUUGUGGAGUUUUACGCCCCUUGGUGUGGACAUUGUCAGCAGUUUGUGGGUGAAUACUCCAAAGCUGCAAAAGCACUUAAGGGUGUCGUGAAAGUCGGAGCUGUGAACGCUGACGAUCACAAGUCUCUAGGAGGGAGGUUCGGUGUCAGGGGAUUCCCAACAGUUAAAAUAUUUGGAGCCAACAAAAACAAACCCGAGGACUACAGUGGUGCGAGAACUGCUCAAGGUCUGGUUGACUCUGCACUCUCCGCUGCCAAGAGUAAAGUGUUUGCUCAGCUUGGUGGCAAAUCUAGCAGUGGAGGCUCUUCAACCAAGGGUGACCCAAAAGACGUUGUUGAGCUGACAGACAGCAACUUUGAUCGUUUAGUGCUCAACUCAGAUGAGAUGUGGUUGGUGGAGUUUUUCGCGCCGUGGUGCGGCCAUUGCAAGAACCUUGCUCCCCACUGGGCGCAGGCUGCUACCGAACUCAAGGGAAAGGUGAAACUCGGAGCACUGGAUGCCACUGUGCACUCAGUCAAGGCUAGCCAAUAUGGAGUGCAAGGUUACCCCACCAUCAAGUUCUUCCCACCUGGCAAAAAGGACUCUAGUUCAGUGGAAGACUACAACGGCGGUAGAACCUCCUCAGAUAUUGUCAACUGGGCGUUGGAGAAACUGGCAGAAAAUGUUCCUGCGCCAGAAGUCAAACAGGUUGUCAGUGAGAAGGUGCUGAAGGAGGCGUGCGAGGAAAAGCCACUGUGUGUGGUGUCUGUGCUGCCUCAUAUCCUGGACUGUCAGGCCGACUGUAGGAACGGAUACCUGGAUACACUCAAGUCCAUGGGCGACAAGUACAAGAAGAAGAUGUGGGGAUGGAUUUGGUCUGAAGCCGGAGCUCAGCCUGAACUGGAGAACGCUCUAGAGAUGGGAGGCUUUGGUUACCCGGCAAUGGCUGUCCUCAAUGUCAAGAAAAUGAAGUACUCCAUUCUGAGAGGAUCUUUCUCCAACGAUGGCAUCAACGAGUUCCUCAGAGAUCUAUCUUUUGGACGCGGCAACACUGCACCAGUCAAAGGUGCCGCUUUGCCGAAAAUAGAAAGUAUUGAACCUUGGGAUGGUAAAGAUGGAGAAUUACCUGCAGAUGAAGAUAUCGAUCUAUCCGAUGUUGAGUUAGAAGAUCUUCCCAAAGAUGAACUAUAAGUGUUAUCUUGUAACAGCUCAAUAAGACUGAUCUGUGUAUAUAAACCAAAGGUGUGAGUGUGUGUGUACGGCACAGCAGGAUUGUGCUGGUUAGGUACUUCUUUUAUGUCGAUGACAACUUGUUCACAGUAGUAGUCUAAUGUUUAGCUUUAACUAUCACUGUUAUCAUUUGUAAAGAGUAAAAUCAUGUGUCUUCGUUUAUAUUAUGUUCUGGAAGUUUUAAAAUCAUCACUUGAUUAUUGUAAGUUUGUAUUAUAAUGUUUAACUUAUGCUCCUCAAAAUUGGCAUGAAAUCUUCCAUGAAGGCAUGUAUUUUCUUAUCUGUGUUCUCUUUUUGUAAAAUAACACAAAAUUAAAAUAAAAAUAUGUUUUUUUAA